AUGGGGCCUGGUUACAGGAAGCACAUUAUUCUCCUUUUACAGCAGAUCUUUUUACAGCAGAUCCUUUUCCAGGGUGAAUUCAAGGUGUUGGUGCUAACCAAUAAAGCCUUAAAUGGCUUGGGUCCAAAGCUCUCUAAAGAACCAUCUCACGCUUUAUUAGCCCACCUAGGUGUUAAGAUCUUCAGGAGAGGCCUUUUUCAGUUCAACUACCCUUACAGAUUAAAAGUGGAUGGAAAUAAAGAAGAAACCAUGGCCUGGUCUACUCAUGUGCCGAUAACCUGGAUUGGGAUAAUGAUUCUGACAUUUCUAUCCUAUGUAAUUGUCGUUGUUGUCUACAUAUACAAGAAAAUGCAUGAUGUACCAGAAGAUAUACUAAGCAAUUCAUGGCAUGAACUAAGGCACUUUAUUGCAAGUUUUUUGGUUAAAUUGGGAAAUAUGAUGCAUGAUCAUGAGAUUAUAGGGAUGGAACAUCUACCAGAAGGACCAGGGAUUAUUGUUUUUUAUCAUGGAACUUUUGAUGUUGACUAUUUAAUGUUGUUCUGUAAAUUGUAUGUACAACAAAGAAGAAUUUGCAUUACAGUAACAGAAAAGGGACUGUUCUACGUACCAGGAAUGAAGUAUCUUUUUCAACUGGGUGCUUGCAUACCUGGUAGCAAAGCUGAAUGUGUAGAAAUGCUGAAGAAAGGCUGUUUACUGGGGAUCUCACCUGGUGGAGCAAGAGAAGCAUUCUUCAGUGAUGAAAACUACAAUCUCCUCUGGGGUAAACGCAAAGGUUUUGCUCAACUAGCCUUGGAAGCCAAAGUGCCCAUUAUCCCCAUGUUUACACAAAAUAUUCAAGAAGUAUGCAGAGGAGCUGGAAGAAAAGGGCUAUUGAGAUGGUUAUAUGAGAAAACUCGAUUUACAUGUAUUCCGAUCUAUGGAUAUUUUCCUGUUAAAUUACGCACAUAUCUUGGAGAACCCAUCCCAUAUGAUCCAAAUAUUACUGCUGAGAAACUAGCUGAAAAAACGAAGGUUGCAAUUGAAAAUCUUCGUGAUCAAUACCAAAAAAUACCAGGAAAUGUAUUAAGAGCUUUAUCAGAACGAUUUAAUAAACAUCAUAAGGAUGACUAG